GCGCGGCGGCUGCUGGGCUGCGGAGCUGCGGGGCCGUGGGCCAGGGAGGCUGUGCCGGGCCAGGCCGGCCCCGCGGACGGACAUGCUGACCUUCUUCCUGGUCUCGGGGGGCUCUCUCUGGCUGUUCGCGGGUCAGACAGCAGGGAAGCCUGCGACCUGUGAAGCCCCCUUUCCAUCUGAAGUGUCCUUUCUCCUCCUCCCCGGGGCGUGAGCUCUCUGCACACAGUGUGGCCCCAACUAAUAACAGGAAGAUCUGAGGAGAGAAGCAACUGGCUGGUCAUCAGAGAUGGGCACUUUUUUGGGCGGAGAGGCUGACGAGGCCCGUUUCUCCUGGAUUGCAGAGUUCAUUCUCUUGCUUCUGGAGAAGAUGCAGACACAAGAGAUUCUGAGGAUGCUGCGGCUGUCUGAGCUGGGCGACUUGGGCCAGUUCUUCCACAGUCUUUCAGCCACCACCCUCAUGAGCAUGGGCGCCCUGGCCGCCAUCCUUGCCUACUGGUUCACUCACCGGCCCAAGGCCUUGCAACCACCGUGCAACCUCCUGAUGCAGUCAGAGGAAGUGGAGGGCAGUGGUGGGGCCCGGCGAUCCGUGAUUGGGGAUGGCCCUCAGCUGCUCACCCACUACUACGAUGAUGCCAGGACCAUGUACCAGGUGUUCCGUCGUGGGCUUAGCAUCUCAGGGAAUGGACCGUGUCUUGGCUUCAGGAAGCCCAAGCAGCCUUAUCAGUGGCUGUCCUACCAGGAGGUGGCCAACAGGGCUGAAUUUCUAGGGUCCGGACUUCUCCAGCACAAUUGUAAAGCAUGUACAGAUCAGUUUAUUGGUGUUUUUGCACAAAAUAGACCAGAGUGGAUCAUCGCAGAGCUUGCCUGCUACACGUAUUCUAUGGUGGUGGUCCCGCUCUAUGAUACCCUGGGCCCUGGGGCUAUCCGCUACAUCAUCAACACAGCUGACAUCAGCACCGUGAUAGUGGACAAACCUCAGAAGGCCCAGCUCCUGCUGGAGCAUGUGGAGAGGAAGACGAUUCCAGGACUCAAGAUGAUCAUCCUCAUGGACCCGUUUGAGGAAGCUCUGAAAGACAGAGGGCAGGGGUGCGGAGUGGUCAUUAAGUCCAUGCAGGCUGUGGAGGAGUGCGGCCAACAGAAUCUUCACGUUCCUGUGCCCCCAAAUCCCAGUGACCUCUCCAUUGUGUGUUUCACAAGCGGCACAACAGGGAACCCAAAAGGUGCAAUGCUGACCCAUGGGAACGUGGUGGCUGAUUUCUCAGGCUUUCUGAAAGUGACAGAGAAAGUGAUCUUUCCGAGACAGGACGAUGUGCUCAUCUCCUUCCUGCCUCUGGCUCACAUGUUUGAGAGAGUGAUCCAGUCUGUUGUCUACUGCCACGGAGGGCGCGUCGGCUUCUUCCAGGGAGACAUCCGUCUCCUCUCAGAUGACAUGAAGGCUCUACGCCCCACCAUCUUCCCUGUGGUCCCACGACUGCUGAACCGGAUGUACGACAAGAUCUUCAGCCAGGCAAACACACCACUGAAGCGCUGGCUCCUGGAGUUUGCAGCAAAGCGUAAACAGGCUGAAGUCCGGAGCGGAAUCAUCAGGAACGAUAGUAUCUGGGAUGAGCUCUUCUUUAAUAAGAUUCAGGCCAGCCUUGGUGGGUGUGUGCGAAUGAUUGUGACUGGAGCAGCCCCCGCUUCACCAACAGUCCUGGGAUUCCUUCGGGCAGCUUUGGGGUGCCAGGUUUAUGAAGGUUACGGCCAAACUGAGUGCACAGCUGGAUGUACCUUCACCACACCUGGGGACUGGACCUCAGGGCACGUGGGGGCGCCUCUGCCCUGCAAUCACAUCAAGCUCGUCGACGUCGUGGAACUGAACUAUUGGACCCACAAAGGAGAGGGAGAGAUAUGUGUGAGAGGACCAAAUGUGUUCAAAGGUUACCUGAAAGAUCCAGACAAGACAAAGGAGGCCCUGGACAGCGACGGCUGGCUCCACACUGGAGACAUUGGGCAGUGGCUGCCGGCGGGAACUCUUAAAAUUAUUGAUCGGAAGAAGCACAUAUUUAAACUUGCUCAGGGAGAAUAUGUUGCACCUGAGAAGAUUGAGAACAUCUAUACCCGGAGUGAGCCUGUGGCACAAACCUAUGUCCAUGGGGACAGCUUACAGGCCUUUUUGGUGGGCAUUGUUGUGCCUGACCCUGAAGUCAUGCCCUCCUGGGCACAGAAGAGAGGAAUUGAAGGGACAUACUCAGAGCUCUGUGUAAAUAAGGAGCUGAAGAAAGCCAUUUUGGAAGAUAUGGUGAGGUUAGGAAAAGAAAGUGGACUCCAUUCUUUUGAACAGGUAAAAGCCAUUCACAUCCAUUCUGACAUGUUCUCAGUUCAAAAUGGCUUGCUGACACCAACACUAAAGGCUAAGAGACCUGAGCUGAGAGAGUACUUCAAAACACAAAUACAAGCGCUCUACUCAACCUCCAUGUGAAGUUCAAGGCAAGUUCUGCUCAGUACAAUGGACUGUGUAGCAAUAUUAUAAUUAUUCAUGAAAGUAAUGAGUCAGAAUGACGCAGCUGAAAAUGAAUAAGCACGUGACUACGACUGAGCCUUUUCCUGUCCCAAGAUGUCUUUAACAAUAUUUUCUCUAUCAUCACUGAGUACACUUUAUUUUUAUUAAAAUGAUAUUGUAGCAAGCUGCUAAAAAUAUUGCAAAUGGCAAUGUAAAAAUCAAGACUUUUCUCAAGAACGAUGUACCACUAAAAGAAAUAUAUUCUCAAUGUUCAUAGCACUCCUAUUAAACAUAAAGAAAAAAAAUAACUGAUAUAUUGUACUUAAUUACUUGUGGACUAGAAACCAGAUACAGCAAAUAUCCAGGCAAUGUGGACUACCUCAUUCAAUAACCGAUUGUCAAAAUCAUAAUUAAAUCAGAUUUAAAAAUUAAAACUAGGUGUGCAGAAUCAUAUUAAAGUGAAAUGUCAUAACUCACAUUCUACAUAACUAGAUUCUUCAAACAUGACAAUCCUUGUUGAUGUGAAAAAAAAUGUUUUCUCUCUAAUUUUUAUGUUUAUUCAUAAAAAAUGCAAAUUCAGAUAUUCUUAAAACUAAUGUUAUAUUUAUAUAACAUGUCACAAAAAUCUUUCAAAACAUUUUCUCAUUUAUAAGCUCAUUAAAAUAUUCAGAAACAACCUAGAAAAAAUGUAAUGUAUAACUACUUCAAGAAUAGUAUGUGUACAUUUUUGGACUUCUUACCACAUUAAUUCUAAAAGCUGUCUGUUGACUCUACAAUGAAUGGACCUGUGGAGAAGAUGUGGGAAGAGAAACCCAGAAUUAUUUCUCAGGGUGGGCAGCAAUUAAUCUAACUAUGUUCCUUGCUGGGUUCUUCCAGUCUUCCAUGUUCAAUAUGUCCAUGUUUGGCCUGGGAAACCCCAAAUGGCUAAAAUUCUGAACAAUUUCACUUUCUUUCAGUAAGACUAUGAAGGCAUGAUGUCAGGAGAAAGGAAUGUUAUUUCCAAGUAAAGUAAUUUUUCCACAACAUAAUUUUGAAUAACCUCUUCAAAAUAUCCCAUGGAAAACUUUUCAGUCCAUCAUAGAUAAACGUCUGCUUGGGGCAUAAUUCCAUUCAUAAAACCUGAAAUGCUUCUAAGCUUAACCACAAAAACCUCCUCUCUUGCAUUAUGUAUUUAGACACUUCUUGCACCUGGGUGUCAACAAUUUCACAUAAUUAAAGCCCAGCAUGAGCAGCAAUUAAGGUCCAAGCUACAGACAGAGCAUCUGCACAGGGAAAUGUCCCUAGGAAAGUGUUUUAUUUUUUAUGCUUUAUUUUAUUUUGUUUAUUUUAGAGAGAGGGAAAGGGGGGGGAGAGAGAGAGAGAGAGAGA